UAUGGGUCCAACAUCGACAAGGUGGGCCGCUGGCCUGUUUCCCUCGCGGUUCUGGAGCGGCAGCGGGAGGCGUUCUUCUAGAUCCCCCACCCCUGUGCAAAUAGCCGCCGCCCGCCGUCCAGUCUGAGCAACCAAAUUCCGUGAAACUAAUAAUCACUGGGGAUGCAAAGCCUCUCGCGCUCGAUUGUUCGAAGCGUCGGCAGAGUCGCCUCUGCUCAGCCUCGCUGGUGGCUUCCAUCGUUCGCGCAAAGAGAUGCUCUUCUCAUGAAUCAGAAGAAGCAGACUAAGCUGGAUUGGCAGCGCCUCUGGUUCUCUUUUGCCACUAUAGACCACAUUGAUAAAGCAGCGAUGAAGAAGGCAGCAGAAGAGAGCAAUCCCAUUCUAGAUGUGAAAAGUGUAACCGAAGAUGCAUAUUACAUGCCAAUCAUUUCGGGGAGCAGCCACAGUGAUGGCACUAUGAAGAAUCUAAGGCUUGAUUGGGAAAUUGAUUCUGACCGUACAGAGACUCGGUUGGAGCCUGCACGGAAAGACUAUAUGACAUGUGACAUGAUGCAGAUUUUCUCAUUGAAGUUAACUAAAUCGCCUAUCAACAGUGCGUCAUUACAGUUAUAUGGAUACAUAGCAGCACGGGAUGAAUUUGAUUUAAAGCUUAAUUAUGUUUUCCGUCGUAGCAGAGAUGAUCCCAUCAUUGUGCAGCAGGGCUCUCUGAUUGAAAUGACCGGACCUAAGAGAUGCAUCGCAUUUUUCAGUGAUGUUCUACUAGAGUUUGACAUGAGGAUCAAGAACGGAGAGAAAGGAGAAGAUGAUGUACAGCUGAUUGAUGGAAUAUUGGAAUUUAAAGGACUUCUGAUGCAGUGGGAACCAGGGGAACUUCGCAUUGGUGGCAGUCGUGGUGCAGUUGAUAUGUGUUUUGCAUUUGUUAAUAAUGCAGUGACGGCCAUAGUUGAAGUUAUCAUAUCAGAAGUGAAGAAUGGUUUUGAUUUAUCACUCAGUUCCAUUGUUUCUGUUGUGAAGGUACCUGAAGAAUUUCAGCUUUUUGUUGGCACUGUCCGUGAAUCCUGUGAGUUGAGAAAGUUCGUAAUUGCUGUCACAAUAGAUUCCGUGAUGCAUUUGAAGUUCAUUGCUGGUCACAAAGGUACUAAAGGUAAUGUGAGACGCAGUUGUUCCUUCGAAGCUAAGCUAAAUGGAUACGCUGGACGUCAAAUAAUGCUUGAUUUUGCCUCUAUCUCCGUGAAGGUCACUUGGGCGUCGUGGGUUUAAUCGUUUAGUUGUAAACAGUGUCCUGUAAUUAGUUAACAGUAUAAUGGAACCACUUAGGAGCCUCCACAGCGUUUUGAGGUUCUUAACCGUCCGAUCCAAUAUUUGAAAUGUGCAGAUCUCCCGACGUAACCGAAACG